AUGGAACGUUACCCCUUGACGUCGCAACUCAUUCAGGAGAACAAGAUCCCCGAGUUUGACAACCUCUACGUUGACUUCAACGGCAUUAUCCACAAUUGCUCGCAUCCCAAUGACGGAGACGCGCACUUCCGGCUAUCCGAAGAGCAGAUCUUCACCUCCAUUUUUGCUUAUGUGGAUCACCUUUUCGGCAAGAUCAAGCCCAAGAAGCUGUUCUUCAUGGCGAUAGAUGGCGUAGCCCCGCGUGCGAAGAUGAACCAGCAGCGGAGUCGCCGGUUCCGUACGGCGAAGGAGGCUAAGGAGGUCAAGGAGAAGGCGGAGCGGAAAGGGGAGAAGCUGCCGGAUACGAAGGCAUUCGACAGCAACUGUAUUACACCAGGCACGGAGUUCAUGGCACGGCUGUCCGAACAGCUGCGCUACUUCGUGAACAAGAAGAUCUCGGAGGAUGCGAACUGGCGAGACGUUACCGUCGUGUUGUCAGGACACGACGUUCCAGGCGAAGGUGAACACAAGAUCAUGGAGUACAUUCGGUUGUCGCGUGCGCAGCCCGACUACGACCCCAACGUCCGUCAUUGCUUGUACGGGCUCGAUGCGGAUCUCAUCAUGCUGGGACUACUGAGUCACGACCCGCACUUUUGUCUGCUGCGAGAGGAGGUGAAGUUUGGCCCAGCUUCGAGGAGCAAAGGCAACAAGAGUCUUGAGUCGAUCAACUUCUAUUUGCUGCAUCUCACCCUGAUGCGGGAGUAUCUGGACCUCGAGUUCCACGACAUAGAGCCCAUGCUCCCCUUCGAAUAUAGCCUAGAGCAUGUCAUCGACGAUUUCAUCCUGCUGGCAGUGUUCGUCGGAAACGACUUCUUACCUAACCUGCCCGACCUCCAUAUUCAUGAGAAUGGUCUGGAGAAGCUGUUCGAUGUGUACAAGAAGGUCCUACCAUCCCUAGAUGGGUAUCUGAACGAGAGCGGUGUCAUCAAUACGAAGCGGCUGCAAGUGAUUCUGGACGAGAUGGCCGACUGGGAGCGGGAGGUAUUCGAGAAGGAAUACGCGGAUCUGAACUGGUACAAGGGGAAGCAAGCGAAGCACGUGAAGGAGAUGGAUGCCGCCCGCAAGCGGAACAAGCUAGUUCUGACGAAGAUACAACGACAAGUCUUCGAGCAAGUCAAGGAGUUCAUACUGCAGCACAGGGAUCCUCCGUCCCCAGAGACACGGAGGGCUCGGUUGACAAUGCCGAACAUUUUCCCCGCUCGGGAUCGACUAUUCAUCACUAACCUCGCUGAGGAGCUGCACUUAUACCUGACGUGGGAUGAGUACGACGAGGACGAUCAGAACCUCAUAACAUGGCGCUUCCCCGGCGAGCUAGACGAGCCGCUACCGGAGAACGGGGAGGCCUUGCAACCGGAGGCAGAGGAGGAGGAGGACGCAUGGGAGGACGAGGAUGAUGAAGAGAGCAGGGCGGCCGUCGAUCGCAUCCUGGCCAAGUACGAGAAGGCGAAGGUGAUGGAGGAGGACAAGGACGGGGACUUCGAUGCUCGCUAUGAGAUGUCGAUUCACGACAAAAUGGACGAGUGGAAGCGGAACUACUACAAGGGCAAGCUGGAGAUAGGUUAUGACACCCCGGAGGAAAUGCACGCCCUCAUAUACCGCUAUAUCGAGGGUAUGCAGUGGGUCAUGCACUACUACUACAGCGGAGUAGCGUCGUGGUCUUGGUUCUACAAUUACCAUUAUGCCCCUAGAAUCUCAGACCUCAAGGGCAUUGAUCAGAUGACGUUCAACUUUGACCUGGGAACCCCGUUCCGGCCGUUCGAACAGCUCAUGGGUGUACUUCCCGCGGCCAGUAUGGAGAUGAUCCCGUUGGCGUUCAAGGACCUCAUGACGGACUCCAGCUCGCCGAUCCUUGACUUCUAUCCAGAAGAGUUUGAACAAGAUCUCAACGGGAAGAAGGCAGAGUGGGAGGCGAUCGUCAAAAUACCCUUCAUUGAUGAGAAGCGGCUCCUUGCUGCAAUGCAUUCACGAGAACACCGUCUGACGGACGAAGAGCAGCGUCGUAAUUCCUUUGGAACCAGCACGAUGUUCUCGUACGACGGGGGAGAGCCGACCUACUACCCCUCUUCUUUACCCGGUUUCUUCCCCAACCUGCACCGAUGCUUUUGCAGGAUGGAACCCUUCGACUUGCCGACAUUGGACGGAUUGCACCUUCUGGAAGGUCUUCUGGACGGCGUACACCUCGGCGCGGAUUCCCUCGCAGGCUUCCCGUCGCUUCAGACCCUUCCGCACACCGCGUCCUUGGGCUAUCAUGGCGUCAAUGUGCACGGGUCGGAGAGUCGCAACAAGUCGAUGCUCGUGCACAUCGAGAACCCGCACGAGCAGAGGAAGGCAGAGGACGUCGCCAACGAGAUGAUCGGUCGGCGCACGUUCAUUGGCUGGCCGUUCCUGCAGGAGGGUAUGGUCACCUCGGUGUCGGACUCGUUGUUCAAGUACGAGAAGAUGGCUGUGAUUCCUGGAAAGCCGUUGAAGGUCAUCUCGAACCCGCACUCAGCGCACGGUCUCUCGCUGUGGAAGUCGAAGGCGGAGCAGAAGGAGCAGUUUUAUUCGAAGCGAUGCGGUGUCAUCAUGGGCGACAUCGAUGUCCUUGUACACGUCCGGCCUCUGAAGGGUAUGAAGCGCCUGGACACGGGUGCCUUCGUGAAGGACUACGAGGGCCCUGAGAAAGAGACGGAGCAGCCUGUACAGCUGACUGUAUCGGAAGUCGUGUCCGAAGACCCCCGGUACAUUGAGAAGGAGCCGCCGCCGUUGUCUGAAGAAUUCCCGGAAGGGAGCAAGGUCUUCUUCCUUGGCGAACACGCUUACGGGGUCGCUGCCUCGGUCUCUGCAGCGACCGCAGACACGCUCUCUGUCAUCCUUGCGUUCUUCCCAUCAGAAGAAACAGAGAAUGACAAGUUCACGAGCAUCGUCAACAACCGUAUGUCGAGCAGGUACUUCCCUUCAUUCAAGGCCGGCGAGAUGGUUGGGCUGUCUGGGCGAGCGUUGUCGAAGAUCACGUCGAGCUUCAUGGUCAUCACAAGCGAUAAUCAGAAGAACAACCUCGGGUUGAGUCUCAAGUUUGAGGGGAAGGGCCUGAAGGUCAUCGACUACUCUCGCAAGGAUGGGCGGUACUGGGAAUUCAGCGAGAAGGCUGUGGAUCUGAUCCGGGAGUACAAGGAGAAGUACCCUGAGGUCAUGCGGACGCUGGACCGAGGAGGCGACGCGAUGCUGACCGCACCCGAUGUCUUCCCGGGCGCUGAUGCGGACAGCCGAGUGAAGGAGGUGAAGCAAUGGCUGCACUCGAAGGGCGUCCGCGACUUCGAGCCCGUCUCCCUAUUCUGUGACCAAUUGAAGAAGGACACUGUUAAGGAGAUUGAAGCACUCGCGGACCAGAUCACCUCGACCAAGUCCGCUGGUGCUAUCAAGAAGGCUAUGGUGAAGAAAAUCCCUAGACAGGCUAUCCUGAAGCCCGCACACGCCGUCUACCGGCUGCAGAACCAGCAUUUUGCCCUGGGCGACCGGGUGACGAUGGUACAAGAUUCGGGCAGCGUCCCCCUGUCACUUAAAGGCAUCGUCAUUGGCAUGAAUGCGAAGUCCAUGGAUGUGAUCUGGGAUGCACCGUUCAUGGCGGGGACGACACUCGGAGACAGAUGUUCGCAGUACCGCGGCGCGACGGUGGAGUUCACCUCUUGCUUGAACCUAACGAAUCCGCAGUUCGUGGUAUCGACAAACCCGGAUCAGCCUACGCAGCAGAAGCCGUCGGCACCGUUCAAACCUCGCUUUGGUCCUUAUCCUGCAAUACAGCCUCCGCACGGACAGCAGGCCGUUGCUGGUUUCCGACCUGCGCCUCCCAGCCAAGGCGUUCCCGUGCACAUCAUGACGAACCCCAACCGUGGCCGUGGAGGGUUUAUGAACGGUCGUGGUGGACCGCCGCACGUCACAAAUGGCCGCGGCGGUCAUUCAGGCAUGGCGAAUGGUCGCGGAGGUUCGACUCACGUAGCAUCUAACGGUGCUGGUCGAUCCACUGAUGGUCACCCGUAUGUCAACGGUCGAGGAGGGGCACCUGCAGGAGACCACUCUCUUCCGGAUGAUACCGCCGCGACGCAAGGGCCAGCUGACAACGGUGGCAGGGGUAAAGCGCCGUUUGCGCCUCGAGGAAACUUUGUGCCACCGAGGGGAGCCCCAGCAGGUCCUCCCCGAGGAGGCUUCGUUCAACGUGGCCGCGGUGGCUUUGUUCCGAACGCAAACCGAGGACGAGGAGGGCCGCCGCGCGGAGACUUCCGAGGCGGGUACAGGGGGCGUGGUCGAGGCGCCUCUAACCCCCUUGUUUCGUGAAUGCGUUGAUUCUGGACCAUACAAGUGUAUAUCAUUUUAUCAACCUGCAACUGGGACUUCCGGGACUAUAGUGUUGUAUCUUAGUGUGUAAUUCACCCCUCGCCGUGCAUCGCUAUCCUACCGCUGUUACCCAAUGCCCUCGUUGUCUAUUGUACGUUCAGUGUACAACCCCACCACUCUAAGUACCUGUAUCAAGAUUGUACUGUAUCAUCGACACCACUCACUAUCGUCGAACGACCGCGGUCAUUGUACCGUUGAAACUGGUCAUUGCUCGCAUAGUCAUUACAUUCUCAAUCUCAUUGUAUAAUGAGAUUUAGGUGCAAUCCUAUUGACGCGCCUGUACAAUGAAUAAUCUGU